GAAGCCAUCCACAACGAACUAAAUAUUGAUAGCAUCAGUAUUUGUAUUGCCAAAAUAGCAAAAAAAUUUUUUCAACAAUAUUGAAAAAGUUAAUAAUAGUUCCAUUCCCAGGCUGACCUACGACUAUACGAUUGAAGAAAAUAAAAAGAGACCAGGAGCUGUACUCCGGCAUUUAUUGUAGUUGUACCCAAAUUAUAAAUUAAUUUCUAGCACCAAAUUUCAUAAAAUUCAAUUGUUUUGGCAAUACUACUUCUAUGGUAUUCUAGGACACGCAUAAGUGUCGCCAUCUACAUGCACUCCCACGGACAAUUUUUAUUCUUCGACUCUAUAUCCAUAUACUGUUACGACCAUACAUAAUAGUUAUUUAGGCCACUUAUUAUCUUAGCACAUGAUCCUUUCACUAUUUUGCGUUCUCCCCAUUUUAAUUUCUAGUUAUUAUUUUAUCCUUGCAAAUAAUUCCUAGUUCUGUCUUUAAAGUCAAAUCCUCAAUAAGAUAGCCCCUCCCCCAUCCAAUGCCUGACAAGCAAGACUGUGCACUUUCUUUACAGAUCGACCAUUGGCGCACGUGACGAGUAGCAGUAGCAUCACUUAGGUUUUUCUCGCAGCUCCUGCCAUGAAGACGACUAACUCUCCGUGCUGUUUAUGCGAAAGGCUCAUCCAUUGCUUAUCACGUUCACCACUUAUCACGAGGAACCUUCCUCUUCUAAGUAAUAUGCCAUGAUAUGCCAGUAAAAAGAUAUGCCACCUCACACGUGAUAGACACAGGAUGUGCCUUUCCCAGCCGAGGCGCCUGAAGAAGUGCCCAGCACCUGAGCCUUCUAGUGCCGUUUGGCCACUCCCUCCUUUCUUACCUUCUAUAGAAAUUUCCUUAUAUACUUUCCACCAGGGAGCGCUGCUUGCAAGGGGGGGGCGUAGAGAAGACAUUUACAAUGUAUGGCAACAAAUCUUUUGUUUUGGCCAUUUCAAAACAUUGCGACAUGGACGAUGUGAUCGAUUUGAGAAUUCAGCGUAUGGUAGAUGGGGAUGAUGACAGUGACUCUUCAGAAAAUUCUUCAGGUAAUAAUGCCAAUUAGUUACUUUUCUACAUGAUUGCAUUGCAUUUACAUUAUGAAUUUUUGUGGUUAGUUGCUACGGGCUCGGACAUCUUCCGUCUUGAACGUGAACGGUAAUCCUAAAUCUUCGUUUCAUAUCACCAGUUGCCUGGAUACUAAUUUUAAGUAUAGAAAUUCAAGAUGAUAUUUGCCACAUAUUGAACGUAAAAAAUUCAAGUUAUCAACUAUCAGAAGUUGAAACAAGUGAGCGUUGAAGUUUGACAAUACAUUGUUUGCCAUUACAGACUAAGAUUGUGUGACAUAAAUAUAAUUUUAUGAGAAAGCAGAUUAAUGGUUAGUUUCAUCCUGAAAUCAAGUUGUUACUUAUCACAAAUUGCAUACAAUAAUUCAUGUUAUCGGCUCAGAGAAGUGAGCAUUGACAUUAUUAUGCCAAUAGAUAACAUUGCAGACUAGAAUUUGUGUGACAUAAAUAUAACCUUAAGAAAACAGAUUUAUGGCUAGUUUCAUCGCAAAAAUCAUCAAAAAGAAAAAAGCUUCAACACAAGAAGACUCACAAAAUCAGUCUGGUGACCAUCCAAGACGCACUGAGCCUAAUGUAUCUUAUGAUACAUCUCUUCCAGCAUUACAUUCGUACUUAGGUAAUGAUUUGGAAGAACUCAGUGGUAGAACAGUUUUGGAUGAUGAUAGCUGUCAAACAAUUCCAUUGCUUACUCUACCUGGUGUAGUUCUGAUUCCUGGUCAAAUACUUCCUUUGCAGCUGUUCAAUCCUGCUACAGUUUCGAUGAUGGUUCAGAUUAUAAAUAAUGAUCGCACAUUUGGCAUGAUCAAUUCCAGGUUUUCGGGUAGAGCUUUUAGCAAUGUAUUGGAUCCAAUUGGCACAACUGCUGAAAUACGAUCUUUUCGCGAAGAGGAAGAGUCAUAUGGAGGUAGUGUUUUACGAAUAAAAGCUGAAGGAAGACAGAGGUUUGAAGUCAUAGAAACUAGGAGACAAUCCGAUGGUAUGAUAAUUGGUAAAGUGCGUAUAUUACCAGAGCUGUUUUUGGGAGACCCUGGAAAAUGUUGCAAGCUGAGCAGCUUAGACAAAUUUAGGAUUCCUCCACCGAAUUUGCUGAAGAAAAAUACUGAAUCUCAAUGCACUUAUGGUUUGCAUCAUCAGUCACACAAGUAUAACAAGUAUGACUUUGCAAAUUAUACCUGGUUUCCACCAUUUGUAUACAAGUUGUAUGACCCAUAUAUACUUAUGCAGAGAAUUAAAUCAAAACUUCAAGGCUGGAACAGGACACUGAGGUCUGAUCAUAUGCCUUGCAAUCCUAAAGAGUUUUCUUACUGGGUUGCAGCUAAUCUUCCUUUAGACGAUAACCAGAGGUUGACAUUGCUUGGCAUAGAUGAGGUCACUCAAAGGCUCAGACAUGAACUUAAAAUUUUAGAAGAAUGUUCAGUUCUGUGCUGUCGAGACUGUCUCAAUGUCAUUGCACUUCGUGAAGAUAUUUUCAGCAUGUCAUUACAAGGGCCUCAAGGAACAUAUGUUAAUCCCAAUGGCUAUGUACAUGAAGCUGUUACUGUAUAUAAAGCUAAAGGUCUUCUGGUCAGUGGUCGACCAUCGACUGAACAAAGUUGGUUCCCUGGAUAUGCAUGGACUAUAGCAGAAUGUGAGCAUUGUCAUUGUCAUAUGGGAUGGAAAUUUACAGCUGUAGAUAAAAGUUUGAAGCCAAGUAAAUUUUGGGCACUUUGCAGAUCAGCCACUCGAUUAAUCGAUUCUGAAGAGUCAGCAAAUUUCUUAGCUGUCUGAUAAGCUAAAUGUGUUGUCAUCUUGUUAAAUGAUGACAGUGUAAUAUGGUAAUAUGAUGCUAGUGUAAUAUGACAUUAUUUAUUAUUUGAGCAUAUCUUAUAGAUAUUACAUGGACAGUGAAACAACAAAUUUUAUAUCUUUAAAUUUGCUGCUGUAUCUUACGUACAUACUAUGCUGUCUAACUUUUGUCCUAAUAAUAGUUUUCCUGUGAUAUUAUUAAUGUAGAUUAUGUAACUUUGGUAUAAUUUUAGAAUCACUGUAUAAAAUAAAUUACACAACGCACCACAAAAACUGGGAAAAAUAAGUUAAUAAAUAAAUAAGAGACAUAUAAAAAUAGCGAUUUUAUUUAACAAAUUAUAACCGUUGUAUUGUUAAGUUGCAAGUCCUUCCAGUCGUUAAAUUCCUUUCUUCUUUUCCCCUUUAUUUAUCAUAAUUGUUAUUGCUUAUAAGUGAGGUAAAUUGAUAUUUUCACAGUGUUCCUCUUAAUCAUCAGUAAGUAUGCAUACUUUUGCUUUGGUGACGAACAGCAGUGUUAAGUAUGUGGUUUAUGCAUGUUGAGUGUAUUGAAGAUGCUAGCUUCUAAUGCAGUUGUAAAAUUGUUAUGUAUAUAUAUUUGUAAGUUCCAUUUUUAUUUGAAAUUGUAUUAAUGUACAAUAUGGAGAAUUGAAUAUUAUUAUUUGCAUCAGAAUAAGUUCUUUUAUUAUUGUUUAUAUUGAAACUGCUUAGAUGUUCUUUGACAUUUCGGUUGUAUUAUUUCUGAAGUACCCACUAUUAAAAUCAUAGGUAAAUUAUAAUUUUUUUGUAUUGUAUCUCUAAUCAGAAACUAUUUUUUUUUUAAUUGUUAGGUCUUAUUUCCUCAAAAUAACUAUAUAAUUUAUUUUAUUUGCUUCACUGAUUUGUUUGUAUUUUAACAUCUUAACAAUAUACAUUAGUAAAGAAAAAAAGGAUGAAAAUAUUCGUAAAAGCAGAAAUAUUUUUUUAGUACUGUUUUAUCAUUGAUAACAGUAUGCUGUACAAAUUGUCUUCUUAAUUUAAUCUAGUAUAUAGCAGGUAUGUAAUAUUUUUUGAAGAUUGAAUUUCUUGGCUAUGGGGAAGAUCUGGAAAAUAGAAAUAUUAUUUUCAUAAACUGUGGAUGUCCUUUUCAUAAUGUAUGAGCAUUUCAAUUAAAAAAAUAAUAAGGUUUUUAUAAUGAAAUUAUUUCCAGGAGAGAAUUGAAAUUGCAAUCCAAUCUCUCAUAAAAUGAUAACCAAUUUAUUUCAGAUAUUUUAUGAUAACAGAAGUGUUACUUAUUUAACUUCAUCUACAUCUGAGAGGUUCUUAAAAAGAAAUAGUGCAUUUCUGUUAUACUUUAUGAGGAACUCCAUUGUACUUUUUGAGUGAAAUUCCAUUAUAUUAUUUCUAUUAUACUUUUUUAAAUGAAUGGAGUAAGAAUUAGAAUGAUAGAUCGAGAGUAUUAUUUAUUAUUUAGGUAAUCUGCUUUUUUCAUUGUCUGCCUCAUUUCUAGCCUUGAAACUUCUUUGAUUAUCGUACUUCCAUUUUCAUCAAUACUUUUUUGGACAAUAAGAGAAUAUUUCAGAGAAAUUAAUCAUUUUAUAUGCUAUGAUAUUAAAUUUGCACAAAGAAAAGGAAAUUUUAUUAAAGAUAUUAAAAGCUUUUUUAAUAUCACAUCUCCAUAUACCACAGCAUCUGUGCCUUGUAGCAUUAAUGUAUUAUUGUGCAAGUCCUUGCAUAUUUUAACUUGCAUUUAUUAAUUACAAUAGUUUAUUUUUCAAAGGAUUAUAUAAAUAUUUAAUGAAAUAAUUAUAUUUGCUCAAAUAUCAGAAUUACAUCGUGAAAUAUCUGGAAGAGAAACUAUUUUUAUUUGCUGACUUUUGCCAGAAACUUUAGAAUAUAUGCCUAAUUAAAAUUUCAGUUAUAAGUUUUAAAUUCUCAUUCUGUUUGUUUUUAGCUGCUUAGGAUUUUUAUGGAUUUAUGCAAGUAUAUCAUUUUUAUGCAGAAUGAAACCUUGUGUAACUAAUUUCUGCUUAAUUGCAGGCUAGAUUUAUGAAUAGAGAAAGAUAAAAUUGAAUCCCAAAAUUAAAAAGUAAUUGUAUCUAAUUUUUUUAAAUAUUUUUUUUCACCUUUUAGAAGUAAGGGCAUGUUUUAUGUUUAAAAACAGUGAUCACAAUAUAGCAUAUCCAAAAAUAGUGAGUUGUGAAAUCUCUGCCUGUGAGAUGACUUUCAUAUAUACUCAGAGGUGAUAUUAAGUACCAUAAUUUUGGGUAAGUAAGUCACCCUGGCAUAACAUGUGCAUAACUAACUGAAAAUAUUAAAGUUCAUUGGAUAAGCUGCAAUGCUGUAUACACUGGAGCAAAGCAUUUCAAAUUGAUAGUAAGAAAUUCAGUAAUUUCUUUGCUGAAUACUAUUCAUUUUUUCAGUAAUUCCUUUCCAUGCUGAUGUGAUCACCAUUUAUAACAUUUACAACUUAAGUUUAAAAAUUAAUAUAUAAAUAAAUAAAAAAUAAACAAUCACCUUACGUUUAACUUGCUAAAAACGAAAUCUGCUGGUUUCUAUAGACUUGCUAUAAUGUUAAAUUUAUAUUUAUUUUAGCAGUUUGAGUAAUUUUUGUUUAUCACCAUAAAUUACCAUAUUAUGAAAAACGAAUACAUAAAUUAGAUAAUUGAACUGAAUUAUAUAUUCAAAUAAACUACAUUUAUUUAUACAAAACCUUCAAAAUCCAACUCAUCAAUAUCAGAAUUGAAUAAACAAAUGACCUUCAAGAUCACUUCUUUCAACUUCGCUGUUGCAAUUUAAUGAAAGCUGAUAUGACAGUAUGAGCUUGUACUGAUUGCCAUGCUUUAUUGACCCAUGUGAAGCAUUUCUCAUCUGUUUGGAAUUUGUGAACACUUCUAUUGCUUUCAUAGUUUUUGUUUGAAAAUUCUAAUGAUGAAGAGAUCCAAUGACUGUAAAAGUUUUGCAGUCUCACAUAGUAUAACUGAGAAUCAUACUAAGUUUUUUUGCUACGGAUUUUAAAGUAUCCCUUAAAUGGGAUCUCAUUAAAAUCCAGAAUGAUGAGUCCCCGAGCUUGGAGAAAAGCACUUUUCCUUUUCUGAUAAAUUUCUUUCAGCCAAAAGCAACAUCAUUUUUUCUUACAUCCAUUCUGCUUUUUUGUUGGUGCAAAUAGUGGCACUUUUAGAGAUGUUUCCUUUCAGAAUUGGUUUUCUUUUGAAAAUUAUUGAAGGGUUUAAUCUCACUCCAUUGGUGGCACAAACCAAAAUAAAGGUUAAAAGAUGUCUUUCCAUAUCUGGUUGUUAACACAGAAAUAGUUUAUUCACCUUUUGAAUGAACAGUUCUGCUCAGAGCACAGUUAAAAGUAAUGGGCAUUUCACACCUAUUAAUUAUAUGCCAUCUAUUCAAAUUUUGUUCUUUAAUUUUCUUAGGUGUGUACUUUUAAAAAGUAUAUUUUUUCAAGCCUGUCUUUGGGAAGCUUUUGUCCAAAUUUUCUUUUGGCUCUGAUGAAUAAUUUCUUUCAUUUCAUAAAUCUGAAACAAAAAUCAGUUCUAUCGACAAAGCUUUUAAUGCCUAUUUGUCAACCAACUACUUUUGCUUGAAGGUGAAUUCUAACUUUUGACAUGGAUAGUCCCUUUUCUCUCUGCUCUGUUGUCCAUUUCUCUAAAUUGUCUUUCUAAGCUAUGACACCAGCUCGGCAGGAUCUUUUAUUCUUAGGCUUUGAUAUUUUGAUAUCUGUUAAUAUACUUACUGGCUUUCAGCUGGAGAUGGCUAACCUAACUCUUACCAGUUCUGCAGAAAAUCUAUUAUUUGGAACUGACAUAGUAAGUCCACAAAAAAAUGUCUCCAUAUGAGAAAUCUGUAGAGAGAAGAAAAUUUGAAGCAUGUUGCUCCUGUAUGUAAAUGCCUUACUGAAGUGUCGGGAGGAAAGGUGAAGCAAAGAACAUGUAUGUAAAGUCCCAAUCGCAUUAUGUUUCGGCUAUGCGGGACUUGACGUCAAAAGGGACAAUUCUCAGAACUUUCACAAUUCCAGGAAACUCAUGUAGCUAUGUUACCGUUUUCACUUACUACAAAGACUUGAAUGCCAAACAUUAAUCAAUUAUCGCUCAGAUUGGGCUCACGUGAGGCUUCAGAAGCAGAACUUUCAUCUGAUUGGUUGUCUCUACCCGGGACUAAGGUCCAGCCGAGACAUUUUCGGUUAGGUUUGAAAAAAUCCUGUGUAGCCGCAACAUUGUUUCUGUAGCUAGGCAGGGCUUCACUUAAGGUGGGGCUCUUUUUUCUAGGAAUCCUCCCGUUUAAACCAGUGCUACCGCAAACUUGUUUCUCAGAAAAGUCCCGUCUAGUAGGGACUGUAGCCAUGUGUGAUAACCUCUUAAGAAAACUUCCAUAGACGUAAUGUGAACCAGUUAGCUACUGCACUGCUAAAUCAUGGAAGGACUAAUUCUUGUCGCUAAAUCGCCAGGUGUACGGGAAAUUGAGAAUAUGGUAUAAAGAGCUCGAUUCAUUAUUUGACAUAUAUUUUUUACAGUGAUUUAAACUCGAAUUUUCUUUUUGGGUGAAGUUUGUUCAGUGGCCAUGUGAUCAUUUUGAUGAAUCCAGAGAAAAAUAGAGAGUGGCGCUAAUCAACUAAGUUAACAAACUAUUUCUUGAGAUGAUUCUUCUAUUUCUUGAUUACAACAAAUGCAUGAUAUAAUAUAGAAAGGAAAGUAACAGACAUAAUUUAACACUAAAUACCGUAGGAAUCUGUUUUUAUAAGAACAAAAUCAAGUAGUCGAUUGCAGGCUGCCGGUAGCCAGGAACUGCUUGGCUUAUCAGCAUGCAGUUGCAAAAUACAGAGUACACAAAUGCAAAAUUCAUUACAAAAGUAGAAAAAAAAUACUUACAAAAUAUGUACUAUGACCCCUCAAAAUGUUUGUAAAAAAAUAAGUUCCAUGUAGAGUCAUGGAAGAGUCACACAGGGGCAUGCAAUUUAAGUAACAAAAUUUCAUCUUCAGAGAAUUAUCACCAUGCAGUUGUCCUGUACUCUCACUGGCUGGCUUGUUCAGCUUGUUGCUGGCCAGAAUGUGGCAGAUGAGCAGUAAAUGGUUGGAUAAUCUUAUUCUCUCCAAGACCUUGUAUGCCAAGAUAUCUGUAAAAUUGCUGGGCUUAUUACUUAAGCUUUUAUUACAGAAUUUUUCAUUUAACUUCGCGAUCUUAAUCAAUUCCAUUUUCAGAUCCGAAUAUAAGCUCCUAUUUCUGAUGAAAUAAGGAGCAUCUGUGAUUAUCUGAAAGACCUUGUUUUGCAGGUCCUAGAGUUUUUGUAAUCUCUUCGCUGGCAUUUUUUUUUAGGCAAAAGACGUGUUCGUAAUAAUUGGCUGGACAACUGAGAUGUAGUUUUUCUCUUUAAAUUUAGAGAGGUAUUCUCAAUUAUACUUAGACACUUUCUCUAAUUAUUCUUCUUCGAACUUCUGCCAAAAGCAAAUCUCAUAAACUUGAAGUUCUCUAACAGCAGCACAAUUUCCAAUUUCUGUUGCUUUCUUCAUUGUGGAAUGCUUCAAAGCAGCUGUAUAAUGUUUUCUUCAAAUAGGAGCCAUAAAAACAACAAUAAUAAUUUUAAAAAUUCAACGAGCAUGAACAAUAAAGUAAGCAAGCCACAAAGCAGUGAGAAAUGUAUAAGAACUUGGUGAACUGGCCACAGAACUUUGCGAAGCGGUCCUUUAAAAGGGGGGAUGGUCAUAGGAAAAUUCAGACAAAGCCACAGAGUUUUCCAGAAAGUACAUCAGUUAUGGUGUCUUUAUACUAAGUGCCACCUCCCGUAGGUAGGUGAAUUUCAUGUAAGCUCGAAUUUGUUGCACUGCCUUAGCACAACCUGAGUGCUCAUAUCGGGCUAAAAUGUUGCAGCAAAUUCUACAUUAACCAUUUCACUUGUGCAUACCUUACACUAUAAACUAGGAAUUUUAAAGAUAGAGGAAAAAUAAAAUUCCUUCAGGUAUGCUUCCCUGGCAGAUACACGGCAGGCCUAAAUUUUCAUCUUUUAAAUGCCUAUAAGCCGUGACUUUGCAGGGUAUCAAAGUAGAGCGUAAUGGGUUUAGGGGAAGAUGGGUAGAAAAUUGGUCGGGUAUUUUACCAUUAAAUUUAUUAAUUAUGUAAGAAGUUAUUGGUAAGUGGAUAAGGCAUCCAUAACACUCUGUCUUGCAUUUGAACUCCUGUCAAAAUUUGCAUCAUUUUCAAUAAAUUGGUCCAUAAUUUCUGUUAUAGUAUUCAAAAUGGUUUUUAGAAACACUGUUGAAAGUUCUUUUUGCGCUUCUUCAGAAUCACUACUUUCAAUAUUUUUGUGUUCUUGGUCCGCUAAUUUCUUGAGCUCAUCAUUAGAAAGACUUGCUGCUGUUUAUUGCACACUUUCAUCGACAUCUUCCACGUUUACCUCAUCUAAACCUGUUUUGCUAAUUUCACUAUUUCUUCCACAAUUUCAUUCAUAUUGACAGAUUGUCCAAUGUCACUGCCCUUGCUUAGAUCUGACCAACUGUUCUUCCAAACUCCUUUCAAACAUUUUUUAGUUACCUCAUUCUAAGAAAGGUUUAUAUUUUCUACAACAUUCAUGAUACUGUAGUUUUUCCAAAACUCUCUUAUUGAUUGUUUCUCUUCUCCAUCUGUUUUUUCAAACAUCUGUCUAAAUUUUCAAGUAAUAAGCCUUAAAAUUUGAUAUAACGCCUUGAUCCAUUAGUUGGAUUAAGGCAGUUGUGUUAGGCGGCAAGAAAACCACUUUGACUGUAAUGCAUAUUAUUAAGUCAGAUAAAUUCGUUGGAUGGCUGGAGCAUUAUCAAUUAAAAGUAGUGCUCUUGAUUCAAGUUUUUUAAUUUUGUGAUAGCGUUUAACAGACGAGCAAAAAUAAAUUCCAAUUCUGGAAAAUUUUCAUAGUUAUCCAUGAUUUUUCAUUAGACUCCCAAAUUACAGGUAAAGUUGAUUUGGAUAUUUCUUUCAUCACUCUUGGGUUUUUGGAAUGAUAAACAAGUAGUGGUUUUAAUUUGAAAUCUCCGCUUGCAUUACCACCCAGUAGAAGUGUUAAGUGAUCUUUUGCAGCUUUAAAUCCUGGUGCAUGUUUUUCUUCACGAGAUAGAAAUGUUUCCAAAAUAGGCCUGUUUCAUCAACAUUAAAAACCAAUUCUGGAGGGUAGUUUCCUUGUUCAAUUAUUGUUUUUAAUGUCGCUGGGAAUUCAGCCGAUGCUUUCAUAUCACCACUUGCUGCUUCUCCUGUAAUCUAUAUGUUAUGAAGAUUAUUUUGAGGUUUAAAUCUAUUAAAUCAUCCUCGACUUGUAACUUGUGUUACUUGCCUCAACCUUAAUGUAAUUAAAAAUUCUUGCUUUUUCCAUUAUAAUAGAUUGGUUUAGUGGCAUAUUGAAUUCAAUUUUAUUGUCAAUCCUUAUAUAGAAAGUCGUAACCAUUUCCUGUAUUGUAUUAUUUCUAGAACGGCAAUUCUUGUAGUU